AUGGCGAAGGAGAGACCGUCUCUUCUGUUUUGCUCUCUUCUGCCUGCCAUCAUUGUACGUCAUCGUUGCCAUGCAUUGUUUUUUACUACGUUUGAAUCCCUCCAUCCUUUCUUCUGCAAUCUGCGCUCAGUCUUUAAUGCUCUCACCCAUCGCAUCCGCACAAAUCAAAUUCAAGAUUUAAACUUCAUCCUUCAGGCCAUUACGCUGAGGAGCAUAUUGCUGGAAAUCACUCACCGAAUUUUGGAAUUUGACGACGCCGCAUCCUUCUCGUGGGGCGGCAAGAAGCCGAGAUCCGCCUUGCGUGCCAGUGCCAACACUUCAUCGACUCCGUCGACGGCCGCCGAGUCCACCCGUACCAGCCCUGAUACGCCGCUCUUGUUCCCCUCCAAAGAGUCUGAACACCAUCCGAGUCACUCCAAGAUAAGCAUCUCGCACAAAAGGAAGGUAGAUAACGCGAGCCAGAUGAUAGGCUUCGCCGGAACGAAAAGAAAAAAGAACAGCAAUGGACUGCAGGGUGCCCGUAAAGCAGACGAGGGCAGUGAGGGAGAACUGAGCAGAGUACCUCCUCAGCGUCAUGGCAUGAAGGAUGAAGAAAGAAGCCCAUGCGAGGGUGGCAAUGAUGAAGAGAAUGGAGCCUUAAGCCAGUCUCUGUCUGUAUUACCGGCGGCAGCAACAGUCGUCGGUGAAUGUGAUGUAGGAGGAUGGAUGUGGCUAGACCACACCAUGUUCACCACGUCUCCCUUGUACAGAGUCAUCAGCAUGGCUCCGCCUACCGUCACCACUGUUCCCACCACCUUCGCUUGACAUCUCACCUUCUUGAUGCCAACCUUCUCCAUUUUGCACAGAACUGCCAUCAGGAAUGUCAUUGCAGGAAGCAUGUUGCUCAUGGCACAGGAGAAGGUAGGUGGGGCGCCGUCGUGAUUGUUAUUACAGGUCAUAGUUAGUUUAGUUAGUUUGUUCUUUAUUUUAAGUUAAGUCUGUUGUUCACCUCAUGAUUUCUGUUUUCUUCCAUUCUCUUGUUAUAUAUACAGAGAAUAUCAGAUUGUAAAUUUGAGAAUAUUAUUCUUCUUCUCUCUCUCUCUAUUGUUCUCUCAUUACUUGUUACAUGGUAUCAGAGAAAUGAUCUUAAGAAG